UACAUCAGGAACGCAAACCCUUGAGUGCUUUUUCCCCCCUGCAAACCGCCUGCGCAAUAGAGAACUAAAUGGGGCUAAAGUCACGUGCCGUCUUUUACUCUCGCGUGACGUAAGGGAGGUGGAGCUGAAUUUUGAAUCAGGUGGCGGGAAGACCUCCUUUGUAAAGGGGGGUGGAAAAAGCCUAGGGAUUCUUCUUCAUCAAGUAAUUUCUAGUGUGGCCUGUUUCGUUUUUGAGUCCCAGCUCAACUCGCUCGCCUUUUCCGCUUCAAAUGGCGAAGCAGCAGAACCGGGAGCAGGGCAUCACCUUGCGGGGGAGCGCUGAACUUGUCGCGGAGUUUUUCUCAUAUGGCAUCAACAGUAUUUUAUACCAACGUGGGAUCUAUCCUGCUGAAACAUUUACAUAUGUUCAGAAAUAUGGACUUACUAUGCUUGUAACUGCAGACUCCGAACUUAAAAAUUAUCUGAACAAUGUGGUAGGACAGCUAAAAGAAUGGCUCUAUGAGUGCCUCGUUCAGCGGCUAGUGGUGGUGAUCUCUAGUAAAGAAACCAGUGAAGUUCUUGAAAGGUGGCAAUUUGACAUUGAAUGUGACAAAACUGCAAAGGAUGAAAAUGCCCCAAGACAGAAAUCUCAGAAAGCUAUCCAGGAUGAAAUUAAAUCUGUUAUCAGACAAAUAACAGCCACAGUAACAUUUCUUCCUUUAUUAGAAACAACAUGUGCAUUUGACUUACUAAUUUUUACAGACAAAGACUUGGUUGUUCCAGAAAAAUGGGAAGAAUCAGGGCCACAGUUCAUUGCUAACUCUGAAGAAGUUCGCCUUCGUUCUUUCACAACCACAAUACACAAAGUCAACAGUAUGGUUGCUUACAAAAAAGACACCUUUCCUUGACUGUAAAUAAGAUUGUACAAUCCUCUUCUAAACUUCCUACGUAAAUAGUAGUUUUACAUUCUGAGUAGAAUGUGCACUUUGUACAUAACUCCCCUUUAGCUUUUAGGGUAAAAAUCUCUCCAUAGCCUAUCUUACAAGUGCAUGCCAAAUCAUUCCAAAUUAUAUUGCAAAAAAAAUUCUCAAGUUCUCAAUGUGGACUAGAUAAACAGGCAAAACUACCAGGUGAGCUAUCCAACUUGAUAAUCUUGAAAAUAUACUAGGGAUGCAUUGCUAGAAUACUGAAAGCCUGUUUUUUAAUAUGCAACUGAAUUUUCUCAUUCUGGUCUGUACAUUAUAGGAUAUUAUUUGAAUGUGUCAAAUGUCUUUUUAAUUGUAUUCUUUUGCAGAAUAAAGAUUUUAAAUGCA